GGAAAAGGUUAUACUGGGUUAAUAAGAAGCGUCUUAGUGAUGCCUACUUUCGUUUCCAGCGAUGCCAUGUUCAGCGAAAGAAUAUAGAGCUUAAGACAGUAUAGCUAUCAAAAUGAAAUAAUUAUGGAGAAGAUUCAUAAGGAUGCACUGCGGAAGGCUCGGAUCAGACUUGUCCGUGACCUUGACCCGAAUGCAGAACUGUGGGAUAUGUUGGUUACUGAGUCAAUAUUUACCCCCAUAAUGAUGGAGUAUAUACAGGCAGAGAGGACACGAUCAGACAAAGUUCGACGACUUUUAGACGACUUGGUAAGAAGGGGACCAACAGCAUAUUCAAAGUUUUUAAGAUGUUUACGUGAAUCUGGACAUGAGGAUUUAGCCAACACAGUAGAGGACAACGAGUACACAUUGAGGGGGCUAACUGUUCCUUUCAGGGUAGACAAUCAGAUCAGACAAGGUCCAGCCAACGUUGUACGCACUGCACCACCGACUGUAACGGGCCAACACAUACGGUCAAACCCUGUACAGAUGUUCUCAGGAGAAGAGAGAGUUGUACAACAAAACACUGUCACACAACACCAGCCUUCAGCUGAAGGUGAAACAGGACCAGCAAGUAUGGCCUGUAGUUUAGUGACACCUUCAGGAGUCAGUAUACCACCAACAGCCAAUCACACUUCACAACUAGCGAGCCAGAUCACAACAGCCAAUCACACUUCACAACUAGCGAGCCAGAUCACAACAGGAAGCUCACCAUCACAAUCAGGUCGUUACACAGCAACAGGAAGUUCAUCAUCACAAACAGGUAGUUAUACAGCAACAGGGAGUUCAGCAUCGCAACAAGAAAGUAGCGUGGGGAUGUCAACUGGCCAGUGUGGAGAUGAUGAUAAUGAUGAUGCUGAUGAUGAUAUCGUUAUGGAGACAGCAGAUGCUCCAGCUCCAGAGACUGAGAUUCAGACAGCUUACCAGCGAGCAUCCACAGAAAGACCAACCUAUCGUAUGGAGUCGACUCCUCGGGGCUACUGUCUAAUCAUCAACAAUAGAGAUUACACACAAGAGUCCUUGAUGGAUCCUAGAACUGGUACAGACGUCAACAGGGACGAACUCAGACAAGUGUUUCAAGAACUUGGAUUCCAUGUUGAUGCCAAGGAUAACUUAACAGGACAGGCUAUGAAAGACACCUUGAAAAAUUUCGCUGCCUAUGAGGGUUUGACCAGAGUAGACUCCCUUAUUGUUGCUUUCCUUUGCCAUGGAAACAGUGAGAAGAUGUAUGGUGUGGACGGAGUUCCUCUUUAUUUACAACAAGAUGUAUUCAAGGUGUUCAGCCCCCAUGAGUGUCCAGUUAUGAAAGGGAAACCAAAGUUAUUUUUGAUCAAUUCUUGCAGAGGAGAUCAGAGGGAUGUUGGCUACCCGGCUGUUGGUACCAUAGGAGGAACUUUACCUUUUGAUGCAGUGAAGACUGAUACUGACCCACUCUGUGCACAUCCUCCAGAUGACACGUCACCAGUACUAGUUCCAAGCUUUCAGGAUUUGUACCUUGCCUAUUCCACUUUCCAUGGUCAUGUGUCCUACAGAAACAGAGAGGAGGGAAGUUGGUACAUUCGUAAACUUGUGGAGGUUUUCCGUGAAAAGGCGGCAUCAUGUGAUAUUCAUGCGAUGAUGACACAGGUAAAUUGCCGUGUGGCCAGUAUGUGUGAUCCCCUGUCUAUGGAGGUACAGGUGCCUGCUCCAUGUAAUACACUGACAAAGGACUGGUACUUCAACCCAUCAACAGGUGUAUAAACUGUACUUGCAUACAGUUUUAUUGAUACAGGUUACGAUUGACAGGUGUUUGUCAACCUCUCACACUGCUGUUGUCUGUGAUACAAUAGAGGUAAACAGACAUGAUUGGCUGGCACUACAACUGUUCAUGUAUGCACCAUCAGCUCAUUAUAACAUGUAUGUCUAAGAAAAUUACACGCGAGUCAAAAAAAAGAACACAUUAACAAGAUGUGUAUCGCAGGAUGAGUACUAUAUAUAUAUAUAACAGUAGUAAAAUUAUCCUUACAAACGAAGACAAAAUAUGGAAAGAAAAUAUCUUAACAACAUGCCCCAAGAACUUUCAUCUCUUCAACGAGAUCCUUCAGACCUUAUAAAGGAGAAAUCAUGACGCCAUAAAGUACAUUAUGUAUGACGUCACUCAAUAGAUCACUUUAGCAAUGCUCGCUAUGCCUACCCACCAAUAGCAAUAUGUAUAUAUAACUGUCCUCAGAUCCUUUCCAAAUGUGUGUACAAGGACUCUUACAAUAGGUGUGUUUAUGAUUUUAAAAUGUGAAAGGCUAAUUACGAAAAGGUUCUCACAGUUACUAGAAAAAUGUGUGUACAAGCUACAGACUUUUGCAAAAUGUUGGUCUAUGAUUUAAAAAGAUUAUGUAUUGUUUGUCCAUGGACACUUAUAAUAUAUGCCCGAGGCGUAUUACAAAUGUGUGUCUACAAAUGCUAACAAAAUGUAUGUCCAAGGUUGCAAGUCCAAGGAUACUUACAAAAUGUGUGCACGUGGCUAAUUACAAAUGUGUAUCCUCAAACACUUACAAAAUGCAUUUUUAAAGCUUAUUACAAAAGUUUUCCAAGGAAUGAUAAUUCAAUAUAUUUACACGGUUACUAGUGAUCCAAACUCACGUGUGCAUUACACCAGAUCUGUCCAGUUCUCAGAUCUUCAAUGCAUAACAUGGCGUUCUAAAAUGUAGAACGGUAUAGUAUUCUAAUGCAGGUCAUUGCUUGUAACAACUUUUUUACGUUUUCAUCGAAACAGUGCAUAAACCACAGUUAUUCUGAUUCUAAUAGCUUGUUUAUUUUCAAAAUAAUUAGUGGGAGAACUUAUAACUCUGUUGCUACCUUGCAAUUUUCAGCAAUGUUGAUUUUUGAGCACAAGAUGAAGCAAAUAAUUUUAUUUACCAGUUCUGAACUGAAGUUUGUAUUAAUUUCUCUUCCCAAGGAAAAUGCUUUUUCUUUCACUCUGUUUCACUCUCCAUUUUCCAUUCUGAGAUGCUGUUUGUUGAAAGUUUGCUUAACACACAAAACCUCUUCUUCACUGUAAAUUGGUCCACAACACCUCAAUGCAAGAUGGUGGAUCUGAUUUAUUAGAAAGGUUUGUACUCAUAAACUCGGGACUGCAUUCUUCUUCUUCCUUCAGGUCACUAAACCACUAGACCAGCCCGGAUACUGUAAAUGGUAAUAAAAACAACAAUUCGUCUGUCAUCAUUCUCAUUAACUUAACCCAAAAGUGCACAAAUAUGACAUUAUUUUCAAGAUGAAGCAUAUUUGUGAAUUUUGCCCUGAAGUGGCAAAUGUGAAUUAGUACAGUCAAACGUCAUGGAAAAGACACGUUGUUAGUAUUUCCUCUGUUCAUCUGAUGUAGGAUGCCAAAAACUGUUCUAACGAGCAGGUGGGUACCUAUCCUGGAAGGUAGGACCUCACCUGGGUCCUGUAUAUGAGGAUGAUGAUAUUUCCAGCUGGUUAUCUCCUUUAUAAAUUGGACAUGAGUCGGGUUUUUGUGACUAGUCGACCGUCUCCUCGCUCUGAAAUUAAAUGCAAUAUUAUAGCAUUGAUACAAUGUAACUAAUUGAAUGCUAAUGGAUAUAAAAUUGUAAUAUUUUAUUAUUUUAAACAUUUCUGAAAUUAAUUAUAUGAAAGAGAAUUAAAAGUUUUUAUUUGUUAAUAACACCGAAAUCGAUUUAAAUGGGUAGGAAAUAUCAUCACCUUUUGACUUUAAUAACCAAGCUUCAUCAAUUUGCUCUGCAUAUUUAUUAUAUGUGGAAGCAGUAGUAUUCUUUCUCCAAUUAGCUUUAUGUAAUAUGUUCAAUUUAGAAUUGAAUCAAGGAUUUUGAGCAAUGAUGAAUUUGACACACCCAAAAUAACAAAGACCUGAUCAAAUCUAAGAAAGCAUUUUUAGAUUUAGUACUGCAAAUUGUCUGAAUAGAUGGGGCAUUAUAAAAGUACAUGUCUGUUUGAAUAUGGAUGAAACCAGAUUAUUCGCUUUUGUAAAAGUUCAUUGUUUGUAAAUUCAAUCUGCUGAUAGAGUUUUCUGUCAUCUAACAGCAAAGAUAGAUAAUACACUACACUGCUUCAUGAUUUGGAAUAGUUCAAUAAAGGGAAGUUUGUGGCACUCAACCCGUAGUUGGAGUAACUAUAUUUUUUAUUUUAAGUAUGCAUCAUGAUUGUAAAUGUGGAAGUCUUUGUUAGAAGUUUAGAAAGUCGGAAAGUUAUCUGUAUAUGGAAAUAAUUGUAUUUGUAUCAUAUCCAUAACGUAAUGUAUUGUUAACUCUGUACAUAUAUGUAAUUUAAUUAGGUGGUUAUUUUCCCAUAUAUCCUAUUAUUGCAUUAUUACACUAAUAACUACAGGUGAAAUAUCUUUCUUAAUUUGCGAUCGUAUGUAGAAAGCUAUGUAAAUUAUCCAUUGUUACAUUAUUAUUACUGUGUAAUAUAUAUAAUUUGUUCCUAUGUACUGUGAUCAUGUUGGUAAAUAUGAUAUGCUUUUAACAUUGACGAUUUUUAUCACGCUCAUUAUUGUGCCAUGUUUUUGUUGUGAUUAUCCCGGUUCCUUUGAGAAUAUCGCGUUGCUUGGAUUUGACUUCGAUUUACACGAAGCAAAGAGGUUUGAAAUGUCUUAAAGAUACAUAUGCUUUAUACUGAUAUGGGUCACUGUGACCCAUAUCAGUAAAACAGAACCCCAGACAGUGCAUGGGGAGUGUAAUCAAUAAAA